CAAAGCCAAGGAGCCGGUGUCAGCUCGCGCAUUCCAGAAGAGAGCACGAGAGAGACAGAGAGAGGGAGCAUGAUCGAUCGUUCGCAUUCGUAGCUCCUCCUGCUGAUCACACUUAAUAUACGCGCAUGUGGACAAACCCUGAAGGGAAGAGCGUCCAGUUAGCCCCUAUUUAAACCUGCAGACUGCUCUAUCUGUGGCCAGUAUCUCAAUACACUCGAGCAGGACUGCAUUAAUUCCUCUACUGUCACAAUGUCACAUGGAUGGGGAUACGCGAAACAUAACGGACCGCACAAAUGGUGUGAAAGCUUUCAGAUUGCUAAUGGCCCUCGCCAGUCUCCGAUAGACAUAAUACCUGAAUCUGUGUCAUAUGAUUCUUCAUUAAAGCCCCUUACUUUGAAGUAUGACCCCUCUACUUCCCUGGACAUCCUCAACAACGGACACUCCUUCCAAGUGACCUUUGCCGAUGAUGACGAUAGCUCAACUCUAACAGGAGGGCCAAUCUCAGGCACCUACAGACUCAAACAGUUCCAUUUUCACUGGGGAGACUGCGAUGAGAAAGGAUCUGAACACACAGUCAAUGGCAAAUGCUAUCCGGCAGAGCUCCAUCUGGUCCACUGGAACACAAAAUAUUCCAGUUUCGCUGAAGCAGCUGAUAUACCUGAUGGUCUCGCUGUAGUUGGAGUCUUUCUAGAGAUUGGUGCAGAAAAUCCUCAGCUUCAGAAGGUUCUGGUUGCUCUGGAUUCCAUUCAGUGCAAGGGAACGCAGAACUCAUUCGCAAACUUUGACCCCAGUGUCCUGCUCCCAUCGUCGCUGGAUUACUGGACGUACCAGGGCUCUCUGACCACACCUCCUCUGUAUGAGAGCGUCUCAUGGAUCGUCUGCAAGGAGUCGAUCAGCAUCAGCUCUGCUCAGAUGACAAAAUUUCGCAGUCUACGGUUUUCCGCGGAGGAAGAGGAGGCAUGCUGCAUGGUGAAUAACUAUCGUCCCCCUCAGCCUCUAAAGGGACGUGCGGUCCGUGCAUCUUUCCAGUGAAGGGCCCCCCUUGACCCUGCCAUCCCUUUCCUUUCAUCUUUAGGAUGUGCAGGUGCGCGGCUCUAAGCUAAGGGCCUGCGGUGAUGCUGGUCAACCUGACAGCUGUCAAUAGUAACAAAAUGCAAAAAAAAUCAUACAUUUUUUUACAGUUUACAUUUAUUCAUUUGGCAGACGCUUUUAUCCAAAGCGACUUACAAGUAGAAGAGCAUAUAAACAUUUUGUCAGCACGCUAAACAAUACCGUUAGUGUACAAAAAAAUCUGUCUUCCUUUCAAUUGCUCAAAUGUUUGAAUUACCUGGAUUAAGAAUAUGGUGCCAACAUUAUACGACACGAUACACAGCUAAAACAUAAAUAUAUAUAAUAUAUAAGAGAAAUAUAUAUCGUAAACAGGGUAUUAGGGGUAUGCCAUACAUAUUUUUAGUGCUGUAGAGACUAGCCAGUAGUUCAGAUUAAGACGCCAGCAGUACAGACUCUACCCGAAGCGAUGCCAUCUGUGCCGGCUGUUGUCCUUCCCUGCCAUGCUGUAAUCUCUGGCACUCACAGCAUCAGAUUAAUGGAACCCAAUGCACACUACUGUCACACUGCAAAAGCUCAAAAAAUCCCCUUUGACAAACAAAUACAAACGGCAUAACGUCCACGCAGGCACACUGGGAAAUCAUGCACAAAAUGUAACAUAUGCAACAGGGGCGGGAUGAUACGAGCCUGGAAUGUUUGUGUCUCACAUUGUCAAAACUCCAGCUUCAUUGUGUGUUAAGAUGUUGUUUGUAGAAAUCCUAUGCACAAGGCUUUACCUGAUAAAUAGUAGCAAUAACUGCAUGAAAAUGUGAAUGGUUUAUUGUAUUGUCAAAUAAUUCCUUAAAUGUGUCGUUUACUUUUUAAAGUUUUGCAAUGCUGUGCCCUUACGAAACGAAAAAAUAUGUGAAUAUACUGGAAAAUAUAACGCAAUAUAUUAAAUAAUACAUUUCCAUAUACUGGAACCAAGUGCUUACUUUUUCAGCAUAUGCAAAGCAGCAAUUCUGUAUUAUUUAAUCUAUUGUAAUAUUAACCAUGUAUUAUUCUAAAGAUGGUUUCAUCGGACACGCUCUGGCCCGAAGUUAGCUUCCAGUCUGUGUUUGGUUAUAAUAUAAUAUAAUACAACAAUUAAUUUUAGAUUUAAUUUCUAUUAAUAUUCAUUAAUAUUAAUAUUUUAUUGUAAAAUUAAUUGAAUUUAAAUCUACUCAUUGCUUCUUUGCAGAGGUCUACCGGAAGUUAAAUUUGGGCCACGUAACAUAUGUUUAUGUUGUUGCCGCUGAAACCAUCUAUAUAUUUCUAAUAUAUAUUAAAUGAUUUAACAUAUAGCCAUAAUAAAUAUAUUUCCUUGCGUAAGGGUGUAUUGCACAGCAAUGCCGAAGAAAUGCCGAAGACAAGUCUUAAAAGAAACCACAUGCAAAUAUCAAAAUCUUUUUAGAAAGUGAGAAUACAGACGUCAGGGACCAGGGGCUAUUGUCUCAUGGUAUGUGUUUGUAAAUUGUGCACUGUGUGUUGAAUGUACUUGAAUUCGAGGGCUGCAGUAUGUUAAGCAAUAAUGUUUUAGCCAUAAACUGUUCUGCUAUUUUCAAAGAGGACAUUUUAAGUAAAGAUAUUUAUGCCUAUCUUCCGUUUCAUGAUUUUAUGCCACU